GGUCACCUGAUAAGCCUACUGAAUUGUAAGAGUGGAAAAAGUUAAAACAAUAUUUCUCUUGUGAAGGUGUGACAGGAUGUUAUCUGUAUUUCCUCGAAUUUCUCUCAUCAAUCGUGAACCGUGUCUUUCCUGUAUAUAGUCAUACCAUUUCCGAUUUGAAAGUGAAAGUAUCGGCAUAAUUAAAGGCCACUUACUGGUGACUUAGAAUGGAGUUGCACCUGUGCUGUUUGUUGAAUUCGUGGACAUUGCUAUUAGGAGGAUUGUCGACCAUUUUAUUUUUGCUGUUAUGGCUGAGGCGCCGGGAAGCUGAAGAUUAUCAGAAAGCGACUGGGAUCCCAGUGGUGGAUGGAAUUCUCCCUCUGUUGGGUCACCUCCCCCAGAUCUUCAAACUGGGAGUAGAUGAAUAUGAGAAGAAAUGGUUAGAGAUAAAGAAUACAAAAGUCUUGUUAUCAUGGUACGGGAAGUCUCCCACAAUCACAGUAGCAGAUCCAGAGAUACUAAGGCACAUCUUAGUGAAGGAUUUCCCUCACUUUCAGGACAGACCAAGAAGGAUAUUCAAGAUGACACAAUCUCCAGUUAACAAAGGACUAUUUUUCCAUCAUGGAUCUGAUUGGAAAAGAAUACGAUCCAUUUUAACUCCUACUUUCAGUACAGGGAAGCUGAAGAUGAUGAACUACGAUAUCAACAGAUGCUCAGUAAAUCUGGCUGAUAAGAUAGAGGAGCUGGCAAAAUGUAAAGAAAAUGUAGAAAUAAAACAGUUAUAUGGUGGUUUUACUCUGGAUGCAAUAUCAGCAACAGCAUUUGGAUUAGAGGUAGACAGUAUCAACAACCCAGAUGGUUCCUUUAUCAAGAAUAUCAAGGAAAUCUUUCAGAAAGGGAUGGGCACUUUGAGGAGAAUUUGUCUUACUCUUGCAAGCAUAUUUCCUACUCUGAUUCAUGUAGUCCGAUACUUCAGCAUGAGUUUCUUCAAUAGAGAGAAUGUGGAUUUUUUUGUCAGACAAUGCCAGGCGAUGAUAAAUGACAGGAAAUCAGAAUCUCACGAGAGACAUUUAGAUUUCCUUCAACUGAUGCUCAAUGCAGAGUUAGAUGAACAGUCAUCAGAAGAGCAAAACAUCAAGAACAGCGGACAGAAAAAAUUGACCAAUGAUGAAAUAGUUGCUCAAGCCUUCCUGUUUUUUCUUGCUGGAUAUGAAACCACUGCCAGUACCAUGAACUUUGUGUCAUAUAUACUAGCAGUGAAUCAGGAGGUCCAAGACAGGGUUGUUCAGGAGAUUCAUGAUGAAAUAGAGGAGAAUGACCCCACCUAUGAUGAUAUGAACAAACUGCAGUACAUGGAACAAGUGAUUUUAGAGUCACUCAGAAUGUACCCUCCUAUAACAAGACUCAGCCGUGAAAUAGCAGAAACAGUGGAUAUAAAAAAUUACACGUUCCCCAAAGGAUGUACAGUGGUUAUUCCUGUGUACAGUCUUCAACACAAUCCAGAAUACUGGCCAAAUCCGGAACAGUUUGAUCCCGAGAGAUUUGAAAAUUCCAAGAAUGUCCAGAACAAGUUUUUCUACAUACCAUUUGGCCAAGGCCCGAGGAUGUGUUUGGGAAUGAGGCUGGCUAUGUUAGAAAUAAAAAUAGCUCUUGUCCAUGUUCUCAGAAGAGUUCGAAUAGUCCCUUGUGAAGAAACCCAGAUUCCUUUGAAACCUAUUACACACAAAGGUCUUAUUUCUGUGGAGCAACCAAUCAAACUCCGGUUUGAAUUGCGGGAUUAAGGAUUUUUAAUUCUGUGUGAAAAGGCAAUGUGAUAUAUCCCAGAAUCAAGACGCAGCAUCCUUAAUAUUAAUAUACAGAGUAAUUUAUUAAUCAGACAAAAUGUCAAAUCCAUGUUCAUAGGUUAGAUUAUAUCGAUCUGUACUAUAAGACUGAAAAAUAUUAAAAAGGUGCAGUGGAACAGAGGCUUGUUUUGAGAGGUUAUACAUGUAGGUCAUAUUGCUAAUUGUAAUGGGAAGAAAUGUGAUUUAUCUCCAGAACAGGAGAUUGGGGAAGAAUUAACAAUCAAUGUCCUGACCUUGUAUAGACAGGAAAAAGAACAUGGCAGUGUAAAACGUUAUAGAGGCAGAUAAUGGCAGGAGCGGUCACAUAGUUGUCUCUACAUUAGGAGAGAGAGCGUUCUAAAUUUUCAGAACUUGUGCCCAAUCUUUUUGUCUUUAACAUCUUGACAAUAAAACAUGUUCAAUUCACAUAUAAAUAUCAGAAAUGCUUUUGUUUAUGAUAGAUGUAAUUAUGACAGAGUUCUGUCAUUUAGUAUAUUUAUUGGUGGAGGUGUAACUCUUACUGUCUGUUUAAUGCCUUAUGGAAACUAGAAUCUGAGGUAUGUAUAGUUUAUGGUCUGUCCAUCUGUCUGUAUAUCAGAGGAAAUGUUUUUUAGCAUUAAACAUAAUACUGGGGACAAGGUCUACUCAAUCAACCUUGAUGUUGACCUUUGAUUCAUUAAUCUAAAGGAUUAAUAUAAUUAGUGGGUCCGAUCGUUGUGACCAGGUCUAUCCAAUGACACAUGUAAGAGGGAUUUUUUCAUUGGCAAUGCCAUUUCUUGGGGGCAUUCAUGUUUCAUACCUUGUUUGCUAAAGAUAAACAUUUCUGUCAAUGUAUGACAAGUUGUGGGUUGUUUUCUUGUCAAACUGUAUAUUUAUAUGUGAAAGUGUACCUACAAACUUGCACUUUUUAACAGUUGUCAAACUGUUGUAUAGAGGUCUGUAAUUUUUUAAAGUGAAAUACUUUGGUGGUUAAAGUAUUGAUAUUAACAAUUCAUACUGAGAUUAUUUUUAUUGAUGUAUUUUAUGUAAGAUUUCUUAUAACUGUAGAAAAACUUUGAUGUUUACAAAAACACUAAUUAAGCUUUUUUUUUGUAAUUGGUUGGUUUGUCUGUUUUCUAUCUCUAUGUCUAUACAGGUAUGUUUGUUGAACUUUUCUUAUUUUUCAACUUUCACUACCAAUGAUAUAUUUGAAAUCAAGGCACACUUGAUAAAAAAUAAAGUAAAUGUAGCACACUUUGUUUAAUGGUGGAUCAUGCAUGCAUCUUCUAGAGAAAGAAGAGAGGAGUAUUGGGUUUGGUCAGUGAAAAUCUUCUUUAGAAUGUCUAGGUAAGAAAUGAUAGAAAAUAAUAUUCCCCCUUCCUUAUACAGUAUUUUCAGGUUUGUUCAAAUCAUGGCCUCUUGGUCAUUAUUGGCUGUAGAUUAUUGUUGGUUGUGGUGAACUUUUUAUCAGUGAACAAAAUAUGGUAACUUUGUUAUUGAACAAAUCUCCUGUUACUUGCAUCUAUGGGCAAACAUUUUUAUAUGGAUCUGAUUUAAUAUUGUAUUCAUAUUUUAAAGUUUUUCUAUGAACAUGCCUUCGAAGUUUGUUAGAAUUGUUUUACAGUUUCAGAUUGAAAUUGUUAAGAUGUUAACAUUGAAUAAAAAUUCAUGUGUAGAUGAA